UUUAGGCCCCUCCCCCUGCCAUGACGCCCCGCCCCUCGUUUAUAAAACAGAUGCGGCAGGACGGCUGGAAGCGAGUGCAGCUGCUUCUCACUGAGACUUCGUCGCUCCGACUCAGCGUGAGAUUCCGCCCCCGCGACUCCCAACCAUGCGUGAGUGCAUCUCAGUCCAUGUCGGCCAGGCCGGUGUACAGAUGGGCAAUACUUGCUGGGAGCUGUACUGUCUGGAACAUGGAAUUCAACCAGAUGGGAAAAUGCCAAGCGAGAAGACAAUUGGAGGUGGGGAUGAUUCCUUCACCACCUUCUUCUGUGAAACUGGAGCUGGAAAACAUGUGCCCCGUGCUGUCUUUGUGGACUUGGAACCAACUGUGAUUGAUGAGGUUCGUGCUGGCACUUACCGUCAGCUUUUCCACCCAGAGCAGCUGAUCACUGGCAAGGAAGAUGCUGCCAACAACUAUGCCCGUGGGCACUAUACUAUUGGCAAAGAAAUCAUCGACUUGGUGUUGGACAGGAUCCGGAAACUGGCUGACCAAUGCACAGGACUCCAAGGAUUCUUGGUCUUCCACAGCUUUGGGGGAGGCACCGGCUCAGGAUUCACCUCUCUGUUAAUGGAACGGCUUUCUGUUGACUAUGGCAAGAAGUCCAAGCUGGAAUUUGCAAUUUACCCAGCUCCACAAGUCUCUACGGCUGUUGUGGAGCCCUACAACUCCAUCCUCACCACGCACACCACCCUUGAGCACUCAGAUUGUGCUUUCAUGGUAGACAAUGAAGCCAUCUAUGAUAUCUGCCGCAGGAACCUGGACAUUGAACGCCCAACCUACACAAACCUCAACCGCCUUAUCAGCCAAAUUGUGUCCUCUAUCACUGCCUCCCUACGCUUUGAUGGAGCUCUGAAUGUAGACCUGACAGAAUUCCAGACAAACUUAGUGCCCUAUCCACGUAUCCAUUUUCCUCUGGCCACUUAUGCCCCAGUCAUCUCUGCAGAGAAGGCCUAUCAUGAGCAAUUGUCUGUGGCUGAGAUCACAAAUUCAUGCUUUGAGCCAUCCAAUCAGAUGGUGAAAUGUGACCCCCGCCAUGGCAAAUACAUGGCUUGCUGCCUUUUGUACAGGGGUGAUGUAGUACCCAAGGAUGUCAAUGCUGCUAUUGCAGCCAUAAAGACCAAGCGCAGCAUCCAGUUUGUAGACUGGUGUCCCACAGGCUUCAAGGUGGGCAUCAACUACCAGCCCCCCACUGUAGUUCCUGGAGGAGACCUUGCCAAGGUGCAGCGAGCAGUCUGUAUGCUGAGCAACACCACUGCCAUUGCUGAGGCCUGGGCCCGCCUGGACCACAAGUUUGAUCUGAUGUAUGCCAAGAGGGCCUUUGUCCACUGGUAUGUGGGGGAAGGCAUGGAAGAAGGGGAGUUCUCUGAGGCUCGGGAAGACAUGGCUGCCCUGGAGAAGGACUAUGAAGAGGUGGGCAUUGACUCUUAUGAGGAUGAAGAUGAGGGAGAAGAGUAGCUACAGGUGGGCAUACGUUGCCUAAUGGACCCUCCUGUAAUUAAGUUCUUAAAAUAAAAUUGUUUUGUUCUAAUCUGAA